ACUCGCGUCCUCGUCCGGUGGUUGUUCGAACGGUUUUGUUCGCUCUCGUGAAUUAUGGCACUUUUUGAGGUGCUCAUGUGGAUCCAGUUGGGGCUCCUGGCCGGGGCAGCCCUGGGUCACCAAAACCAUCCUUCGGGGGCGGAAGAGCUGAUCGGAACGAGGUUCCGGUUUCCCAGCGAUAAUGAUGGACACGGUCCAAAUUCGGAUGCGUACAUCGAUCGGAUAAGCAGCUUUGACCGGUGGUCGAAUUACUGGGCUAAGACGCCGAAACCGGAUCGGGGGUGGAACGAGGCACCGGGUGAAUGCAUGACCCCAACGCGCAAGAACGGCCUUUGCGUGUCGAUCCACGACUGCCCGAGUAUGCUGGCCUUCUUCGGCGACCGGUUGCUGACCUGGGAGGAGCGUGACUUCCUGCGGCUUUCGGUGUGCACCGGGGCCACGUCCGGCCGGCAACCGUUUGUGUGCUGCCCGGACAAGGCCGUCCGCCCGUCCGGGACCGUUGGCCAGCCUACGACAGCGUACCCACCACCGGUCAUCUCGACGACGGACGCCACCGCCGUUGAUCCGACGCCGCGUGGUGAGGUAGCGGGCGGAGUGCUUCCCGACCCGAGACGGAACGAGUGCGGAAUCAGCAUCGGGAUGAGGAUCUACGGCGGCGAGGACGCCGACAUUGACGAGUUUCCAUGGUUGGCCAUGCUUGAGUACGAGAACUUCCGGGGCGAGCGCAAGUUCAGCUGUGGAGGUUCGCUGGUCAACAACCGGUACGUGGUCACGGCGGCCCACUGCGUGGUCGGGGAGGUCGAGAAGAAGGAGGGAACGCUAAUCAGCGUCCGGUUGGGCGAGUACGACACCACGACCGAGAUCGACUGCAUUGAACAGGACGGCGAGAAGAUUUGUGCGGAUCCACCGGUGGACGUGGCACUUGAGGAGAAGAUCCCCCACCCAGAGUACGACGAACUGAGCAAGGUGAACGACAUUGCGCUGCUGCGGAUGGCCCGGGACGUCCUGUACACGGACUUCAUCCAGCCAGUCUGUUUGCCGCUGCCGGACUUUAGGAGUUCGGUGGCCGGUGACGUGAACUUUGUAACCGGAUUCGGGCGCACGCUGAAGGGCAGCCGUAGCCCAAUCAAACAGAAGCUGGGCAUCAAGGUGUACGACCAGGACCGGUGUCGGGCCAAGUUUGCCACGAAGAAGGCGGACAUUACGUCGAAGCAGCUGUGCGCCGGUGGGGACUUUGCCAAGGACUCGUGCCACGGAGAUUCGGGCGGUCCGUUGAUGAAGCUGCAGAAGGUUUGGACGCUGGAGGGUGUGGUGUCGUUCGGGAAUCGCUGUGGACUCGAGGAUUGGCCCGGAGUUUACUCGAGGGUGCUCGCGUACAUGGACUGGAUUAGGGCGACCGUUAGGAAUUAGGAAAAAUUUUAGUGCGUGUAAUAUGUGUUUGAAGGAAUAAAGACUACACUGAAUAAUUUUAUGUA